CCAAGCCAGGCCUUUGCUGGAUCUCGAAGGAGACUGUUUGUUCCAAAUGUUGGUGGGACGCGAUCCGAGGCGCACUGCACCGCCGGGCACCCGGGCGCCUCUCCUUUCGGGGGCUGUGUGAGCUUUCGAUCGCCGUCUGCUGCCGCGCGUCGAAGGGGCCACGCUGGGAGGCGCCGAGGGCGCAUGGGGCGCGCUUGGAUGGCCUCGGAUUCGCCCCCAUAAUGUCCACAUGGGAUCCCCGCAGCAGCCACUCCUCUGAAGCCUCCGACCCCGCGCUUCUCCCCUCUGGAUUACCGCUCCCGGGAAGCCGCCUGCGCCCCUGCGCCUCCCGCCAGCACCGUCCUCGCUCGACCCUGGAGCAUGGCUUCGGAUCGGCCGGUCCCGGGGGCCGGGGGCUUCCGGGGAGAACUCCCGCCGUCUUACGCGGCGGCGGCCACGGCGGCGGCGGCAACUGCCAACUCGGAUCUGCUCCGGAGACCCAGCUACUGCCACGCUGCCUUUGCCCUCAAACAGAUCUCCAAGGGUAAGGCUGUGGGCCAGAAAGCCCCGCUGUGGCUGCGGGCCCAGUUCCAGGCCCUGCUGUUUACACUGGGCUGUUGGAUCCAUCGUCACUGUGGCAAAGUACUUUUUGUGGGGCUGCUGGUCUUUGGGACGCUGGCUGUAGGGCUGCGAGUAGCCUCCAUAGAAACGGAUAUUGAGCAACUCUGGGUGGAAGAGGGCAGCCGUGUCAGCCAGGAGCUCCGGUACACAAAGGAAAAGCUAGGAGAAGAGUCUCUGUACACACCCCAGAUGCUGAUACAAACUCCCAAACGGGAAGGUGAAAACAUCCUGACCCCAGAGGCCUUGGGAAUGCAUCUUGAAGCUGCUCUGGCUGCAAGCAAAGUGCAAGUCUUACUUUACGGAAAGUCUUGGGAUCUCAAUAAAAUAUGCUACAAGUCAGGUGUCCCCAUAAUUGAGAAUGGAAUGAUUGCACGGAUGAUUGAGAAGCUCUUUCCUUGUGUUAUCGUGACCCCACUGGACUGCUUUUGGGAUGGUGCCAAGCUGCAAGGGGGUUCUGCUUACCUCCCGGGCCGGCGCGAUAUCCAGUGGACUAACUUAGACCCCAUUCAACUGAUGGAGGAGUUGGGUCAGUUUGCCUCGCUGGAAGGAUUCAAGGAGAUGCUGGAUAAGGCAGAGGUUGGCCAGGCCUAUAUGGAGCGGCCUUGUCUUGACCCCUUUGACCCUGAGUGUCCUACAAGUGCCCCCAACAGCCAAAGCCAGCAGGAACCAGACAUCCCGUCAGAGCUCACAGGUGGCUGCCAUGGCUUCUCACGAAAAUACAUGCACUGGGAAGAGGAACUGAUCCUGGGUGGCACUGUGAAGGAUUCCCAGGGCAAACUGCAGGGAGCCGAAGCCCUACAAAGCAUGUUCCUGUUGAUGAGCCCACGACAGCUCUUUGAGCACUACCGGGAUGACUAUGAGAUACACGACAUCAGCUGGAGUGAGGAGAAGGCAGCUGCUGUGCUGGAGGCCUGGCAGCGGGAGUUUGUUGAGUUGGCCCAGGAAUCCCUCCCUGCAAAUUCCUCCCAGACUAUCCAUGCCUUCUCCACCACCACGCUCGAUGACAUCAUGAAAUCCUUCUCAGAUGUGAGCGCCAUCCGUGUGGCUGGCGGGUACCUGCUGAUGGUGUGUAGCAGCUUCUUCCCUCUCCUUCCUCCCUCCUAUUCCUUUAUCUUCCAUUGUGUACUAAAGCAUAGCUUUUCCAUCCUCUCCUUUCUUCUCAUUAAUUGCCGUCUCAUUCUCCUCCACUUGCAGCUGGCGUAUGCCUGUGUCACCAUGCUGCGUUGGGACUGUUCCAAAUCACAGGGUGCUGUGGGCCUGGCUGGGGUUCUUCUGGUUGCCCUUUCCGUGGCAGCAGGACUUGGACUGUGUUCUCUGCUAGGAAUCUCAUUCAAUGCAGCCACGACCCAGGUGCUGCCCUUUCUGGCACUGGGCAUUGGUGUGGAUGACAUGUUUUUGCUGGCACAUGCCUUCACAGAGACCAGCCAGCACGUCCCUGUCAAGGAGCGGACUGGGGAAUGCCUGCGCCGCAGUGGCACCAGUGUGGCACUCACCUCUGUCAAUAAUAUGAUUGCUUUCUUCAUGGCUGCUCUUGUGCCCAUCCCAGCACUACGUGCCUUCUCUCUGCAGGCUGCUGUCGUGGUAGUGUUCAACUUUGCCAUGGUGCUUUUCAUUUUUCCUGCCAUCCUGAGUCUGGACCUUCACCGGCGUGAAAACAAGAGGCUUGAUAUUCUGUGCUGUUUCUACAGCCUCUGCUCCUCCCACGUCAUCCAGAUUCAGCCACAGGAAUACACGGAUGCAAAUGACAACCCCACAGCACCUGCUUUCCCGCAUGGACAUCCAGCACUGACCACCAGCACACGCAUCACCACUACGGUUCAGGCCUUCACCCAGUGCGAUCCCUCCGGGCGUCAUGUGGUCACCAUCUUACCACCCACCCAGCAUGUCUAUACCACCCCUUCCACUCUCCUGCCUGCCAACCCUUUGGGGUCGCAAGUCUUCACCUCUGCCAGCUCCACCCGUGAUCUUCUGGCACAGCUGGAUGAGAACAAAAGUGCCCAGGAGUGUGUGCCGUUGCCCCUUUGUCAUUGGAACCUCUCCAGCUUUGCUCGCAACAAAUAUGCACCUAUCCUGCUGCAGAGCCAGACCAAGGGAAUUGUUGUAGUCCUGUUCCUGGCACUGCUGGGCCUGAGCCUCUACGGUACAACCAAGGUGCAUGAUGGACUCUACCUGACGGAUAUUUUACCACGAGGCACAAAGGAGCACGCCUUCAUUUCAGCUCAGUUCAAAUACUUCUCCUUCUAUAACAUGUUUGUGGUUACAAAGGGUGGCUUUGACUACCCCAGCUCACAGGAGGCCCUCUACAGCCUGCACCAGGCCUUCACCACCAUCCAGUAUGUUGUGCGUGAUGAGAACCGCCAGUUGCCAAAGAUGUGGCUGCACUACCUCCAGGACUGGCUGCGAGGUCUACAAGCAGCCUUUGACCGGGAUUGGGAAGCUGGGCAUAUCACCAAGGAGAAUUACCGCAACGGAUCAGAAGAUGGUGCCCUGGCUUACAAGCUCCUCAUCCAGACAGGCAACAAGAAAGAACCCUUAAACCUCAAUCAACUGACAACUCGCCGCCUGGUGGAUGAGAAUGGGAUCAUUCCUCCUGACAUCUUCUACAUCUGCUUGACAGUGUGGGUGAGCAACGACCCUCUUGGCUUUGCUGCAUCUCAGGCCAACUUUUACCCACCACCCCCGGAAUGGAUCCAUGACAAAUACGAUGCCACUGGCGAGAACCUUCGAAUCCCUGCUGCACAGCCCCUGGAGUUUGCUCAGUUCCCCUUCUACCUCAAUGGACUGCGGCAGACAUCAGACUUCGUGGCAGCCAUCGAGAGCGUGCGUGCUAUCUGUGAUGAGGUGGCCCAGACGCAUGGUGUCCUCAGCUACCCUAGCGGCUACCCUUUCCUCUUCUGGGAGCAGUACAUUGGCCUUCGACACUGGCUUCUACAGGCCAUCAGUAUUGUGUUGGCCUGCACUUUUCUAGUGUGCACCCUGCUACUCCUCAAUCCUUGGACCGCCAGUAUCAUUGUAUUCGUUCUAGCUAUGAUGACAGUCGAGCUCUUUGGGAUCAUGGGCCUGAUGGGCAUCAAGCUGAGUGCCAUCCCAGUAGUCAUCCUCAUCGCCUCUGUGGGAAUUGGUGUGGAAUUCACCGUACAUGUGGCUCUGGGCUUUCUCACAGCCAUUGGCAACCGGAACCUGCGCACUACUGUGGCCCUAGAGCACAUGUUUGCCCCUGUGAUGGAUGGUGCUGUCUCCACGUUGCUUGGCGUCCUUAUGCUAGCUGGUUCUGAGUUUGAUUUCAUUCUGAGGUAUUUCUUUGCUGUGCUCACCAUCCUGACCAUUCUGGGACUGCUCAAUGGCUUGGUGCUGCUGCCUGUCCUGCUGUCUAUCAUUGGACCACCUGCAGAGGUCACACCAGCAGAUAACGGUAGCCGCCUGCCGACACCGUCCCCCGUCCCCCCACCCAUCAGCCACCACAGCUUCUAUGUACAGCGGCACGGUGGAGCCUUUGGUGACUCCUCAGACUCCGAGUACUAUUCAGAGAGCACAGGAGCAUCAGACACGGGUGAAGAUGACCGCAGCACCUACAUCAUCCCCCCAGCGCAAUCACAUAUCUUGGUCAAGGCCAGCAAAAGCCCCAGCUUCCCCAAAAUCACUGUGGUGAAAAGCUACAAGACCAGUCUAGAAUCGCCUCUGUCGUUGUGCAGCCCAGACUGGACCCAAACUGUGACCCCUGGAGGACAUUUGCCACCCACUGUCACAGAAGUCAAAGACGCUUCACAGCAGCAAGAGCAGCCAAACCACAAACAAAGGCCUCGGCUGGCUCAGACUGCCCCCAAUCCCCCUCGGACCGACCCUACUGCCCACAGCACCAAAGUGCCGCCUCCUGCAUCCGGUGGCACCUUCACCACAGUUACAGCCACUGCCUCAGUGAUGCUGGCCUUGCACCCACCCCUGCCUGGCUCAUGCCGGGGCUACACACACGAGGGCUUUGAAUCUGAUGGACCCGAGGAGCCUCAUAAAGACACAUCCAACAGCUUGGAACUGCAGAGCCUAGACCAGAGGCACUAGCAUUUCACUUUUGCCAGGCCCAAGACCUUGGGUCUAGAACUCCUGCCUCAGGGAUGGGAUGUGCACAGUAUCCCUGGUGGGGUCAGGGGCCCAGAUUGUUCACACAUACACACACCGCAGACUGUGAAGCAGGAUGGAUACCUGGAAGCUCUUGCACUGUGUUUAAACAACUGUAGACAUAGACAGUGCCUUUGGGAACUGGAGCAAGAAGGCCAGAUGAGCUACUGCCGUGAAAAGGUUGAUGGGAGAAUCUCUCAGCACCUGGUACUCCACUUUCCCAUGCCUUGUUUCUCUAGGUGUUAUCUGCCGCCAAAAACAUGCUGGGUUUCUUGGUUACCAGGACUUCUGGCUUCAAAACAUCCCUAGUUUGCAUCCUUACAUUGGACUGUGAUAGCCCAGAUAACAUUGUGCCCACUCACCUGCAGACAGGGAAAGUUCCCAUCCCAUCGAACCUGGAAAAUGAAAGUGACAAUUCCCCAUAUGCUGUGUGAACCAUCUCAUGGCUGUCAUCGGGGCAGGGCGAGAGAAUUGCCCAAACACUGACCCUCCCAUGGAGAGAACAGGACUCAACUUGUGCGUGGGGAAACUCCUCCCGCAUUGUGCUGCUAUUCUUUUAUUUUUAUUAAUAUUAAUAUUAUUAUUUUAAGCUGUAUAAAAAAGAGUCACGAACCCUCCCCCUUAUAAUUAUAAUAAUUAUUUUUUAUUAUUUUUACAGCUCCCUCAUUAAAAAAAAAAAGUGGCGUAUCCCUUUAAGGGGAAACACCAGGGUGAGGUGGUAAUGGAGAGAGGACCCCCUGGGCGUGUGGAGUGGAGGGAGCAUGCAAUGGAGGGGCACAAUGUGUCUUAGCGCCUUCUAUGCAAGCUGUGUGGGGUGGGCUGCACUCUGCUCCUGCUUCCACCGGCAUGUCUGCCUAUGCCAGCAUUCGCCAUCUGGCUGUUCGAAAUCCUGUUAAAUUCCUCCCUGUCCUAUCCCACACUACAAAAACCUUUCUGCCCUAUUCUUUUUGCUUGCAUGCCUCUUUAUCAGUCCAAGGUAGCCCAUCACACAAGUGUCCCAUAAGUACUUCCUUUUAAAAUUUACAUUUUAAGCUUCAUCAUUUCCCAAGAAUAUCAGUGAGGAAUAAUUUGUGACUAACAGAAGAUGAGAAUCAUACAGGGCAGGGCUUUGGGCCCUGCAGGACAUUUACCCCACACAGAUGGAGAUCAGAGCAGGGCUUUCUGGAAGAGCAGUUUAUAUGGGUUUAUGUUUUUUCUGCUUCCAUGUUUUAAGAGGUACUUCUCACAAGUGAGUUUGUAGUCUGAGACUGCUGCCUGAGUACAAAAAUGUAUGUGUACUGUGUUGGUUUACGAAGGAAGUGUUUCAAAUGGAAAUUUAAGCUUACUUUAAUAAGAAAGUUGGGCGACCUUGUGGUAAAUUCAGCCAUUCAUUGCCCUUGUUAAGGACAAUGUACCGUUUUGAGUUUUUCAACACAUGUUUUUCCUAUACUGAGAUUAUUAGCUUCCUGACCUGCAUACUUUCAGCACAAACAUUCGUGCUGCACCUUCACAACUGAUGGUGUACAGAACUUUCCCCCCAUCUCUUCACAAAUAUUUCUGUGUAGGAAAAAAAAUCAUGUGUAAAAUUAUCCUUUGAUUCUCUCCCACCUAAAAACAUCCCUAUGUAUUAAUCAGAGCAGAAAAUGUUCAACGGGAGAAAAGAGUUGGGCAAAACAUUCCAUUUCCUGCCCAAAAGUAUGAGUGCUGUGGUUGCUUUUUCUGUUUCUGAAUGAUCUCUUUCCGGUUCAGCUUCUUUGGCUGAAAAACAAGAAAUGAACUGUCGCUUGGCAGCAGGAUUGGUUCUCAAGGACCAGUUCCAUUUCCAUCUGACAUGCUUGGUUUCCACAUAGCUAAGUCAAAAUUGCUUUAUGAAAUGUUUCAGUUUUUCCAUUCUGGUUCAGGACACAAAUCAGAAUUUUGCACAAAAUUCAAAGUGCAGUUUUCUGGCCAGCUCUGCCCUGUACAUCAAUCACAAAACAACAGCUCAAACCGAAAUCCUGAAACACAAUACUUU